CAUGCCUCCAGAACGUGGAAGAGCUUCAAAGGCUUGCAAUACAUGCCGCAAGAUCAAAACGAGAUGUUACGAAUCAAAUGUUGCAGGAAAGUCAUGUCUCAGAUGUGAGAGACUUCAGCAACCCUGCUCAUUGGAGGUCUUAUCUUUUGCGAGUGCGGAAAAUGUUCAGGGUCACCCACAAAGUGCUGAGGGUAGUUCAUCCCAGGAUGAGAGGAUAAGGCGACUUGAACAAACUGUCUCGACUCUGGUUGAGAGACUAGGAGACGGUCCCGGCAGAUGGGUCCCGUACCCAGACGUAUCAAGUACAUCUCCAGUCAACCCUCCCCCAAUUCACAAUCUUACGCCUGGAACACCAUCUGCAGCACCUGUUUUCCUGAUUCGAGAUGUUGCUUCUCAAGUUGGAGUGCAGCAGCAGCAAUCCGCACGUGCUCAAACUCGUGGUCUCGUGCCCGUUGAUAUUAUCAGCCAAGGAGUCAUCACCGUCGCUGAAGCUACUGUGCUUAUUCAAUUAUUUCAAGAGCAUUAUGGACGAUGGGUGGCCUUUAGUGAAACCGUAUCGCCUAAUGCCCUGCUUUCCAACAUUCGGGAGUCCCCUCUACUGCUGUGCGCCUGCUGCUUGAUAGCUGUUCGACACAUGACUUGGAAUUCAACUGCAGAAUUGGCUCCACGACUGUUCCAGGAAGCGAAAUCUUUGCUUUCCGCCGCCGUUUUGGAAGUCCCUCAGUCACUUGCCUUCUUUCAAGCAGCUGUCAUACUCAGCAUGUGGUCGACGACGAUCGGGCAGACUCCAUUGAGUAUUGACAGUUGGAUACUCAGUGGGUUUGCUCUUCAACAUUCUUUGGCAAGUGAUCUAUUCGCUUCAAUGAUGUCUGGAAGUCGGCUUGGGUCUCUGGCUAAGACUGAGUUGGAUCGAAGGUGCAUCUGGAAUCAUCUUUGUUUGGCCCAUCUUCACUACUGUGUUGGGACAAGACGGAAAGCAAUUCUGGAUCGCGAGCAGGUCGACAAAUGCCGUGAGAUACUUGCCACUGAUCAGGUCACAAAUUUCGAAACCCGUAUGGUGGCCGAGAUCAACUUGUAUUGGAUCAUUUACGAAAGCUGUGCUAUGAAUCAAGUGGACUUGCCUGGUACACAAGGACUUCUUCAUGAUUGGAGACAACAAUGGAAAUUCCUCUUUGUAGAACAGCCCAGAUCUCAGUUCAUUCAGAUGGGCUUUCACUUCGCUCAACUGCUUGUCUACGACCGAGCUUUGAAAUCAAGAUCGGCUGCCGUUAGAGAAUCACUUCUUUCCGAAAUGAUACGUCUCUCUGCUGCAAUCAUCCAACUUGCCCUUGACACCACCGAUGUUAGAACCCGACAUCUGAGCGAUCAUAUCUAUCACAUGAUUACCUUCGCGGCUGUCACACUCUGUCGAUUACUCCAUAUGUAUGAGAAUCAAUUAGCCGUCGCACACAACAUCGUCGAGCUUGAUUCUCUUGUCCUUACUCUCGUCACGUGGCUUCAUUCGAUCGGUCUUCCUUGCCAUGUUGCACAAACUCUUGGAGAUGUGGUGGCUGCAUUUCACAAAGAGUUACGACCAAAUGCACAUCCAAGUCCUUAUGCACAGGCCCAAGACGAUAUUGAACUUUAUUUUCCAGAACUGCUUGGGAUCGAAACGUACGCGGAUGGAAAUUUUGACUUUAAUCCAGAUUGGGAACCAUACAUUCAAGGACCUGCUACAUAA